AAGAAUUAUUUUUAAUCUUCUCCUUCUGUAUUCCUCUACCGUUUGUCGUCGUCGUUCGUUGUCUGCCAGUAUCUCGCUCUAGAUUUUGAAUUAUUUGCGAAUCCUGCCGCUGCGAACAAUUCAGUUCAGUUCUGUCUGUCUGUGCUUUCGUAUCUCUGGUUGUGCGUUUCGUCGCGUCGCUUUUCGAAGGGCCAUUCUACCCGGGAUCGAGUUUGUUGAGUCGUUGAAUUUCCUGAAGUUACCCGCGUUCAGCGAGAGUUAUUAAACUGGCUCAGAAGAAACCGCAGCGCGCUGGCUAUUACGGAGUCCCGAUCAGUUCCCGCGUUAUAGCCCAUGGCAUGACGGAUGUCCGCAAGCUGAUCGAACACACCUCUUCGAACCACUUCAGUGAACCAGAGACGAGAAAGUGCUACAAGACCGCUGUGCUCUAGGAGUAGUUUCCUGCUUUUGCAUAACUGUUAUUUAUUCGCAGCCACUAAUACUCCAUCAUCUAUACCGUUGAAACAUUGAAAGAACGUGCACCCGGCAAGAUUAGGUGAAUUGGUGUUCUGUUUGGAAUCCGCUGUUUGUAAACACGAAAAGCUUGUGGAAAUCUACCACCAGGAAAGGAGAACGGUUUCAUUGAUAGUGCGCGAAUUUGUAGUUCGAUAGUUCCAUCCUCCAAGUUCUGCAUCCGGGCUCAGAUCAGUUCAGUUCAGAGUCCGAACCGAAGAGGCGAGAGCACAACAAAACGGGCGCGAGUUUAACAACCUGUUUCACGGCCAUCACUGAGUUAUUAGUGCUCCUAUUCUCUGUACUGUUGCCGUCUUGUUGUCAUCAAGCGUAACGUGUCUCUGUGGUAGUUUCGCGCCAGCGUACAAAGUGCAACUGCAGUUGGACAAGUGCAUCGACGUGGGUGCGAUUUGUGUUCGAUUGGUUUUGAUUUCGUUUCGAGGAAAUUGGGCACUUUUUUGUUGAAGAAAUUAUCAGAGGUGCAAGUGAAGAAAAUCCCUGUUAUAAUCGCAACAAUUGAUCAGUCAAUUACACGUGUGAUCCGGUAACUACAAGCAUUGGGUAAAUCCUAACGAUUUCGCUGCAAUCUAGUUCAGUACCUAAGUGUUCUCAGUAAUUAGUGGAAAUCACCAGAAACGUAUCUUGCCGCUGAAGUGAAAACAAAGCCUAAAGUGAAUUUUCUCGUCAUACAAAUAAAAAUCAAUAAAUCACAUCCUUGCAUCACAAAUCAAGUCAAGGUGAGAAGUGAAUCCCUGAAACAGCGCGCCAUCAGCAAAACAAAAUCACAGCAGCGAAGAGUGGUGACGUCGGGACGGAAACGGAAAGAGAUGGCCCCCAUUGCGACAACCAAUGAUCCCAAGCAGGCUCAGGCUGGCGAGGAUGCCCUCAAUCGACGGUCGGAUGCCAGCUACUACAGUAACCAUAAAAAUGGCCUAAGUGAAGGAUCUCGAUCCGUACCGGUGGCGGCAGCUAAAUCGAACUCUGGCUUGAAGCCAUGCCCUCUGAGGGCUCCCUUGGUGGUGACGACCGUGGGCCUGCCCUGCCGAGGAAAAUCCCUCGCUUCGCACAAGGUAGCCAGGCAUCUGAGCUGGCGCGGCGAAAGCGCUAAAGUUUUCAACGUAGAUGGCAACGCCACCGCCGACACACUACGGGAAAUCUCAGCGUUCUUCAAGGAGGGUAACAAUGUCGCGAUUAUCGAUGGAAUGCACCUGACACGGCAGUCGCGGCAACUGUUGAUCAAUUUUUGUGGAGAGCAGCUCUACCACCACCUGUUGAUUGAGUUUAGUUGUAAUGAUCAAUGCCUCCGGGAGAAUAUCGACGAUACGGUUCGAUUCUACCACCAGCUGGACCAGAACAUAGACUGGGAGCGACGGAUCAAGGAGAACAACGAAAGGCUUACGCCACGGUUCGAACCAUGCUCUUCGCUCGAGGGACCAAUGAUUACGGUUAACAACUCCGAAGAUCCGAUGUUCCACUCGGUGACGGCUCGGGGCGUUCGAGGUUCCAUUCAGACUAACAUAUUGGGGGUGCUGGCCAGUCCGGUGAUACGUCAGCAGACGUUCUACUUCAGUCGGCACGGCGAAUCAGAGUUCAAUGUUUUAGGACGAAUUGGUGGUGAUGCAGAUCUGUCACCUCGCGGUAUGAAAUAUGCUGAACGCUUGGCGCGACAACUAGGAGGACCUGGAUCUGCUCCUGACGGCCCCAAGCCUAAGAUGAUCUGGACGUCGGAGCUGCGCCGAACGAUUCGCACCGUGCAGAACAUUCCCGGUCCGCGGGCUGCCAUCAAAGAUCUGAACGAAAUCAACGCCGGCAUUUGCGAGGGCCUCACCUACGAGGAGAUCCAGGAACGCUUCCCGCAGGAGUUUGCCUGGCGCGAUCAGGACAAGUUCAAGUACCGCUACCCGCACGGGGAGUCCUACCUGGAUCUGUUGCAACGUGUUGACAGUGUGGUGCAGGCGCUGCUGGCCAACACGGAUGUGCUGGUGGUGUCGCAUCAGGCCGUCCUCCGCUGCAUCAUGGCGUACUUCAAGGGUACCAAACCAGAUGAUGUCCCUUACAUCAACGUGCCACUUCACACGCUGUUGAUCGUGCGUUCUUACGGGUAUGACUUCAAAGUAGAAACAGUUCCUCUUAAGGUAGAAUGCGUAGACACGUAUCGCAUACAGCCGAAGAACUGCUCGACCAGUCGCACAACUGCAGAUGCUCUGACCACGGUUCCGGCCCACUUCGAUACACCUCUAACACAGCAAAUGCCCACCACGAUUAGGUAAGCAAAGUGCCCUAAUCGACCACAACCUACAACACAACCAGCGACAAUAGCGCAAAUACAGAAAUCACAGCCAAGUCAGACAGAACGGAACUAGAAAAGUGACAAGCAGAAAUUAAAAAUUAAUUAGAUCACACAAAAAAACAAAUCAUCAUUAUGUAUUGGAGAAGUUUCACUCCAAUUGUACGAUGCAUUAUUAUUGAGCUAUUGUAUUGCUCUUUCACUUGGUUGACCCGCAACAAAAUUUAACCAAAAAGAGAUGUGAACCAAUCCAAACCAAUUAACUGUCGCAAAGUAUAAAUCAAAAUUCCCGUUCUUCCAAAAAUGUUAAAUUAACCUUCGUACAAAUCGAUUGAGUUGAGAGCACCGGUAGGAAAAGCAGCUUUUGGUUGGGUACCAAUGCAUCGUCGUAUGAUAUUAUACUUACAACUGGAAUGUUAAAACAGAUAAGACUAUAGGAUGCGUGAAAAUUGAGCGUAGGCAAAGCAAAGUGAUUUAAGAAAAGAUUGAAACCAAGUUGAGAUGGAAAGAUGCAUUUUAUUAUACAAACACAAACGCUAAAUCAUAUAACAAAAGUUGAUUUUUGUAAGCUGAUUGAAAAAAAAUAUUUCAAACAAAAAAGAUUAAAAACGUAAGGCACAUACACACAUGGAAGGUAACAAACAUUGUAGAAUAGCGCGCGUUAAGAGUAUAUCAACGUCUAUUUUUAAGCUAUAACCGUUGAUUUUUUAUUUGUAGAAAACACAAUUACAAGAAAAGGUCAAUCCUAAAUAAACAACAAUAAAAAAGAACUAAAAGAAUAGUAUGAAAAUGAAGCAAGAGUUA